AUGGCAAGACAGGGCAGCAGCAGCAGAAAGCCCACUUGGUUAACAAAGAUGGUAAUCCAAGAGCCCCUAUCCAUGAACAGCCACUGUUACUUGUGGUUGAAGAACCAGAAGAAACACCCCCUCCCACUGAUGUUGUCCUUCAACGAGCGCAUCCGCCCUCUGCUUGACGCAGUCGACAGGCUGCGCCACCUCAAAGUGGCACAGGAAGGGAUCCAGCUCCCAACUAUAGUGGUGGUUGGUGACCAAUCAUCUGGAAAGUCGAGCGUGCUGGAGUCCCUAGCUGGUAUAAGUCUCCCCCGCGGCCAAGGAAUUUGCACAAGAGUUCCUUUGAUCAUGAGGCUUCAACAACACCUAAAUCCUCAACCGGAACUCCACUUGGAAUACCAUGGCAAAGUGGUCUCAACUGACGAAACCCAUAUCGCGGAAGCCAUUGUUUUAGCCACAGAUGAGAUCGCUGGCAGUGGGAAAGGGAUAUCGAACACCCCGUUAACUCUGGUUGUCAAAAAGAGAGGGGUACCAGAUCUUACUAUGGUGGAUCUCCCUGGGAUCACUAGGGUGCCUGUUCAUGGCCAACCUGAGGAUAUAUAUGAGCAGAUAUCUGAGAUUAUUAUGGAGUAUAUAAAACCAGAAGAGAGUAUAAUACUGAAUGUCUUGUCAGCUACUGUUGAUUUCCCAACUUGUGAAUCAAUAAGGAUGUCCCAGCGUGUUGACAAGACCGGUGAGAGGACUCUUGCUGUUGUUACUAAAGCUGAUAAAGCUCCUGAAGGUUUGCUUGAGAAGGUUACUGCUGAUGAUGUGAACAUAGGGCUCGGUUAUGUUUGCGUGAGGAACCGGAUUGGGGACGAGUCCUAUGAGCAAGCCCGUAUGGAAGAAGCCUUUCUGUUUCAAAAUCAUCCUUUGUUAUCAAGGAUUGAUGAGUCCAUAGUUGGGGUACCGGUUCUUGCCCAGAAGCUGGUGCAUAUACAGGCAAUGAUUAUCUCGAAAUGCUUACCAGAUAUUGUGCAAAAGAUCAACGACAAGCUUAGUUAUAACAUUGCAGAGUUGAACAAAAUGCCCCAAAAUCUAUCUACAGUUGCUGAAGCAAUGACGGUGUUUAUGAGGAUCAUUGGGUUUUCAAAAGAGUCUCUGAGGAAAAUCCUCUUGAGAGGCGAGUUUGAUGAAUACCCGGAUGUGAAAAAUAUGCAUUGCACUGCUCGGUUGGUUGAAAUGCUGAACGAGUAUUCUAUUGAGCUUCAAAAGAGUGCCGAAAAUAAGUCGACGGAGAACUUUCUCAUGGACGAGAUUAGGGUCCUAGAUGAAACUAAAGGAAUUGGGCUCCCUAACUUCCUCCCUCGCACUGCUUUCCUUGUGGUCCUCCAGAAAAAAGUCAAGGAGAUAUCGAAAACCCCGGUCAAUUUCAUAGCAGAAGUCUGGGGCUACAUUCAAACUGUGGUUGAAACUGUUUUCAUGGACCAUUGUGAGGAUUACCCACCACUCCAAUCAGCCACGAGGAGAGCGACCCAUAAUCUUGUAGCAAAGAUGAAACGUAAAUCUUUUGACAGAGUAAUGGAGACAGUAGAGAUGGAGAGGCUUGCGGAUUACACUUGUAGUCCAGAGUACAUGUCAGACUGGGGUAAGCUUAUGGCUCAACAGAAUGUGUUCAUGGAGGUCAUGAAUGAUCAUUCCAAGCCCACAAAGAUAAAGAUUGAAGGAUUUGGGGAGAUUGAAGUCGGGCAUCUUCGGGGUCUUUCAGAUGUUAGAGAGCAGGCGUUUGACAUGAAAAUGAGGAUCACUGCUUAUUGGAAGGUUGUCCUGAAAAGGUUCGUCGAUAGCAUGGCUCUUCACUUGCUGCUCAGUGUUCAGAAUUUGGUUAACCGUGACAUGGAAGAAGAGAUUGUCAGUGAGCUUAUGGGAUCUCAAGGGGGAGGUCCUGGUGUGUUACAAAGGAUGCUUGAAGAAUCUCCAUCUGCUGCGAGAAAGCGCGAGAGGCUGAACAGGAGUAUCAAGACGCUUAAGGAGUCUAAGGAGGUUGUGGCCCAGAUCAUGGAUAGGAUCACUAUUGAUGAUUAAAGCUCAAACUCUCUUUUUG